AUAUCGAUUAUUUACAAUAAUAAUAAUAAGAAUAAUAGUAAUAAUAAUAGUUAUUAUUAUUAUAUUUUAAAUUUUGGCGCAAAGCGCCUGAAAUGACGAACACGCGACAUUAUUCAUUAUUAUUAAAACAACAUUAUUAUCAGCAUCAGUAUCAAUAUCAUAGGCAUCGUUGUAAGACUGUACUAAUUUUAAUUGGAGUACUUUUACUAGAUAUACAAAAUGUUGCAGGCGGUAUAUGUUGGUCAUCAAUAAGUAAUAGUAAGUGUAAAGAAUUAUUAUCUCAAGGUGUAACACGUGAAGAGUGUUGUGCUUCAAAUGCUGCCGCUGCGACCGCAUACUCAGACGAGGAUCUCGACAGCGGAAGUUUAUUUUUUUGGCGAGUACUUGGUGGUGGUGUUCAUUGUCGUCCUUGUCGUGAAAGUUGCGCACAAGUACAAUGUGAUGAGGGUAAAAAAUGUGUGGUGCGACGUGGUAGACCACGAUGCGUGUGUAGUCCAGAGUGUAAAACACCACGCGGUAGCUCUAAUGGUCCCGUAUGUGGUACCGACGGUAGAAGUUACAGAAGUCUAUGCCGUCUUAAAAAACAUGCUUGUAAAAAAGCUAGUCACGAGCUUACUGUCGCUUACAACGGCUACUGUCAAAGUUCAUGUACGCGGGUGCACUGCGGUCAGGGACGAAGUUGCCUUCUGGAUCAAAAUCUGAGUCCACAUUGCGUUAAAUGCGCCCGGAAAUGUCCUCAGUCAUCUUCGGCAGUGGGUGCGAUUCUGCAGCAGCAACACAAGCAGUCAUUGCAACCAUUGGCCAGCAGACCUGUUUGCGGGGCCGACGGUAAUACUUACAAGAGUGCAUGUCAUCUGCGUCUAGCUGCCUGUCGUGCCGGUCGUGCGAUUCCAGUAGCAUACAAAGGGCAUUGUAAACAAAGCGCGGACUGCACGACAAUAAGAUGCCGAGAGGGUCAAACAUGUUUGACAGAAAUAAAAACAAAUCGGCCAAGAUGCGUGACUUGCAUGUACCGAUGCCCUGGUGCCCAGAGGAAACACGAAAAAAGUUACGAUAAAAAACGUCAACGAUUUCGUGGUGAAGAACACGAUCCCGGGUCUGGGUAUCCAUCAGUAUUAUGCGCGACCAAUAACUUGACUUAUCCAAGCUGGUGUCAUAUCAUUAAGGACGCAUGUGUCACCGGAUUUGUGCUGGAGACCAAACAUGCCGGACCUUGCAAUAUUCACGAUACUUCAAUUUACGACGAAGAAACCAUAACAUCCACCAGCUACGGAGUCGAUCUAAUGGACGAAGUAUCGCUUAGAGAAAAUUUAACGCGCAGAACAUUAAAUUAAUAAAUUAAAUAAAUAAUUAGUAGGCCGACAUAUCAGGAUUACUUAAGAAAAAAAAAUAAUAUUAGUAAAUCUGUCGAUGAUUGAUUAUAUUACUUGAAAAAAUUAUUAUAAUAAUAAUAAUAAUAAUAUUAAAAAUAAAAGUAAUAAAAAUAUAAUUAAACACAAAAUAUAAAAUAACAUACAAAGAAUUGCGUUUCACAAUAUAUAUGUUAUUUAUUUAGACUUUCGGUCAACUCUUGGCGGAAUCGGCCAUUUUUUUAAAUUAUUAACAUAAAUAACCGCUAAGAUCAAUAGUAUUAUUUUAUUUUUCAUUUUCCAGCCGUGCGCCAGUAGUUAUACCAUUGUCGUACUUAAUUUAUUUUUUUAGAUUCAAAUGUUUAUAAUUAAAUAAUUAUUAUUAAUUGAAUAAAUAAUAAAAUAAAUAAAUAUUAUUAUUAUUCUGAGCAUUAUUAGUAUAA